AUGACAAUAAAAAUGGAGAGUUUCCAGGCUCACGGCGCUCAGCAGAGGUUGGGUCAGGCCUGCUUCUUCUUCUUGGGCCGCCUCUUCCGACGAGGCUUGUGGGCGUCCGAAUUGGAGCUCAGGUUGCUGCUAUGGUCUGCGCGGGCGCUGGAGGAGGCCCCCUUCUUUGACGGGCCACUCCAGCUGUGUGACGUGUUGCUGGAUGUGGAUGGCUUCGCCUUCCCUGAAGAGGGCCGCCCCCUUGACGAGCCCGACGGUCUCGAUUGCCUAUGA